UGCUCCACCUUCCUUUUCAUUGGCCAACCAAGGAAAGUGACUUGCCUCUUCCAACAAACGGCCUUCAGCAUCAUAUUCUCAGUUGCUGUCUCUUCUGUACUGGCCAAAACCAUCACUGUGGUGCUAGCCUUCCNCUUCCUGGCCACCAAACCAGGCAACAAGGUGAGAAGGUGGCUGGGAAAGAGCUUGGCCAACUCCAUCAUCAUUUCCUGUUCCAGUACCCAACUGGUCAUCUGCUCCACCUGGCUGGGCAUGGCUCCACCUUUCCCUGACUCUGACAUGCACUCCCAGGCUGGACACAUCAUCCUACAAUGCAAUGAGAGCUCUCUGGCCAUGUUCUACACUGCUCUCGGCUACAUGGGCUUCCUGGCUUUUGUCUGCUUCAUAGUGGCUUUUCUGGCAAGGAAGUUACCAGGAGUCUUCAAUGAAGCCAAGCUGAUCAGCUUCAGCAUGCUGGUCUUCUGCAGUGUCUGGGUGUCCUUCAAUAUCUCCACUCCCAGUGGGAAAAAUGUAGAUACAGUCCCCUUGUCCAGGGUCCAGCAUAAUGCCUUCUUCAUGCCCCCACCACCUUGUAGACUUGCCAGAAGCUGCCACUUGUGCAAACUGCAGCAGUUUGACCAAUGA